UUAAUAUAUACCACCAAGUUCUAUUCUUUCAAUUGUAUAGCCGUUCAGAGUUCUAUUCUUUCAAUUGGAGAUCCUGAUACAACAACGUUACAUCAACUUUGAAAUUCCCUUCUUUGUCAUAACCUAAUAAGUAAGAACCCAACUUUGCACAUUCAAAAGAGGAAGAACAACACACAAGGAGAAAAAACAUAAGAGGUUGCUGGUUAAACAUGGCUGACGUAGCUCAACUCGCUUUUCUUACAUUACACUUGGAUCCACCCAGAGAAGAAAUCAAGACCCUUAUCAGAGAAAAAGAUGCAGGGGAAGGGGACAAGUGUCUCUGUUGGGGAAACUUUAUCUCUUUGCUUCAACUCUGUGUGAACAAGCUUUGUCAUAAUAAUAAAGAUGAUUUCUUAAAUGUUGAUGGUGAAAAGCAAGCUCAAAUGGCUAAUGAUGUGAAGGACACACUUUACAAGGUUAGAGGAUUUCUUGAGCUUAUUAGCAAAGAGGAUUUUGAGCAGAAAUUUAGUGGAGCACCCAUUAAGCGUCCUUAUGGUGUUCCAGCAAACCCUGAAUUCACUGUUGGGGUGGAUGUGCCGUUGAAUAAGUUGAAGGUGGAGCUUCUCAAAGAUGGUACCAAAGUCCUUGUGUUGAGUGGUUUGGGUGGAUCAGGGAAAACCACUUUGGCUACAAAGCUUUGUUUGGAUGAACAAAUCAAGGGUAAAUUCAGGGGAAAUAUUUUGUUUGUUACCUUCUCAAAAACGCCCAACUUGAAGAAUAUUGUGGAGAGAUUAUUUGAACACUGUGGAUAUCCGGUGCCUGAGUUUCAAAGCGACGAGGAUGCAGUUAAUCAAUUGGGACUUCUGUUGAGGAAAAUUGAGGGAAGUUCAAUUUUGCUGGUUCUGGAUGAUGUUUGGCCUGGUUCUGAAGCCCUUGUUGAGAAAUUUCGAUUCCGGAUAUCCGAUUAUAAAAUUUUGGUGACUUCAAGGGUCACAUUUCCUAGAUUUGGCACCCCAUGUAUCCUAAAACCUCUUGGUCAUGAAGAUGCAAUGACCCUUUUCCGCCACUAUGCUCUCUUGAAAAAAAGCAAUUCAAAUACUCCUGACGAAGAUCUUGUACAGAAGGUUGUGAGAAAUUGCAAGGGCUUGCCGCUUGCCAUUAAAGUGAUUGGCACGUCACUCAGUCAUCAGCCUAAUGGGUUGUGGCAGAAGACAUUGAAGGAACUGUCACUGGAUCAUUCUAUACUUGAUUCUAAUACUGAAUUACUUACCCAAUUCCAAAAGAUCUUAGAUGUUUUACAAGAUAAUCCCAUCAUCAAGGAGUGCUUCAUGGACCUAGCAUUAUUCCCUGAAGACCAAAGAAUUCCUGUUGCUUCUCUCAUUGAUAUGUGGGCCGAGUUGUAUGGACUAGAUGAUGACGGCAUAGAAGCAAUGGCCAUCAUCAACAAAUUAGUCUCCAUGAAUCUGGCAAACCACUUAAUAACAAGGAUAAGUGCAAGUGACACAGAUAAUUACCACUUCAUCAUCCUUCAUGAUCUUCUAAGAGAGCUUGGAAUUUAUCAAAGCAUGCGAGCACCAGUUGAACAGAGAAAAAGAUUCAUUAUUGACACAAGUGAAAAUGAGCGUAAAUGGUGGUUUGGGGAGAAGCAGCAAGGCAUGAUGUCCCGCAUGCUGUCAAAAUUUCGUAGAAGGUGUAUCAAACAGAAUCCCCAACUGGUCCCUGCCCGCACAUUGUCUAUAUCAACUGACGAAAGUUGCGCUUCACAUUGGUCAUACAUACAACCAGCUCAAGCUGAGGUUUUGAUUUUAAAUCAUCAAACUAAGAAGUACUCAUUUCCAGAGUUCAUGGAGAAGUUGAGUAAACUAAAAGUUCUGACCGUAACAAAUUAUGGUUUCCAUCCUUCUGAACUGAAUAAUUUUGAGAUACUUGGCUCUUUGUCCAACCUGAAAAGAAUAAGGCUAGAGCAGAUUUCUGUUGCUUCCUUUGGCACUUUGAAGAAUGUUAAAAAACUAUCCCUCUACAUGUGUGAUACAAGAUAUGCAUUCGAAAAAUGUGAGAUCCGAAUUUCAGAUGCAUUUCCUAAUCUUAUAGAUUUGAACAUUGACUACUGCAAAGAUAUGGUGAAACUCCCUACUGGGCUCUGUGAUAUCACCCCUCUAAAGAAACUCUGCAUUACAAAUUGCCACAAGCUUUCUGCGCUGCCCCAAGAGAUCGGAAACUUGGAGAAUUUGGAACUAUUGAGGUUCAGUUCUUGUACUGAUCUAGAAGGGAUACCAGAUUCUAUUGGAAAUCUUCCAAACCUGCGGCUUUUUGACAUCUCAGACUGCCUAAGCCUUCCAAAUUUACCAGAUGAAAUUGGUGAUCUGCGUAAUUUAAGAAAUCUCUACAUGACUAGUUGUGCAGCAUGUGAAUUGCCAGCCUCUGUCAUCAAUCUUGAGAAUUUAACGGUGACAUGUGAUGAAGAAACUGCUGCUUCGUGGGAAGGUUUUGAACCUAUGAUGACCAAUCUGAAAAUAGAAGUUCCUCACGUUGAUUUUAACUUAAACUGGCUUCAUGCAAUUCCCGCCUGACACCUGCGUCAUGCAACUUUCCUUGUUGUUUGGAAUUUGUCAUUGAUCAUGCCGGAAAGCAAAAGGAACAAAGACAAGGUUUGCUGUUAAGGAACUCAUGAAACAUAAGUUCUACAAGUCCAAAAUGAUUCUGAAUUAUCAGAUCAGCAAGAUUGAGUGGUGGAACACUAAAUCAGCACCAUCUGGUGGUCUGGCACAACAAGGCGAGGGAAUUGUCCCAGGUUCAUUCAAUUAUUGAUUCUGGCAUCAAUGUGCUUGCAUGUCUCAAACAAUAGCUUCCAUGUUUUGGAUCCUAAGGUGUGUGUUUGAGCACUGGUAUGCGGCAGAACUUCAUGAUGAAGUUUAUUAGAGUUCAUUGAAGAAAACUUAUGAGCUGGUAAACCUGAAUAUGACUGAUAUUGUCACAAAGGCAUUGUGGGUGGCUCUUGAAUUAUUUUUGGUUACAAGUGGAAGGCUCUUGAAUAAUUUGAUUUGCUAUGUGAUAUUAUUGCAAUUUAGGGGUGUAAGCAGGCGGGCACGGUCCGAUUCGCAAACCCGAUGAAACCAAAUCGAACCAAACAUAUUAUAGCUGAUUGGAUUAGAUCACUGGUUCGGUUUGGAUUUUUUUUACUGCAUCAAUCACCAUCGGUUUGGUAUCGGAUUUGAGGAUUAAAAAUCCGACAAAUCCGAACCAACACAAUGGUAUUGAGAACUUUUUUCUUACCCUUCAGUCCAAAGAGCAGCAGUUCAUUACAUAAUGUUUGUUUAAGUUAAGAACUAAGUUUUAUUUUUUUGAAACAAAGAACUAAGUUGCUUAGGAGUUGAAUAUUAUGUUGCCUAUUUAUGUUUGUAUUGAAGAUAUUGGUUUUAGUUUA